CUCCGAUCAAAAUUCCUCUCCCAUUUCUCUAAUCUCCACCGCUUUCCAUGGCGCUCAAUCACCAAAACGGCACCGCCGCCGUCACAUUGAACCUUUGUAACACCAACGGCGACUCUUAUUCCGACCCUUUAAAAUGGGGUGCGGCGGCGGAGGCGAUGAAAGGAAGCCAUUUGGAUUUAGUGACAAAGAUGGUGGAGGAGUAUCGAAACCCGGUGGUCCGGCUUGGUGGUGAGAGCUUGACUAUUGCUCAAGUUGCCGCCAUUGCCAACGCCGCCGGCGGGAAUGUCACGGUGGCGCUGGCGGAGGAGAGCCGAGCCAGGGUCAAGGCCAGCAGCGAUUGGGUGAUGGAGAGUAUGAAUAAAGGAACCGAUAGCUACGGCGUCACCACCGGUUUCGGUGCAACCUCCCAUCGGAGAACUCGACAGGGCGGAGCUCUUCAACGAGAACUUAUUAGGUUUUUGAACGCCGGAAUCUUUGGCACCGGCGCAGAAUCUUCUCAUAAACUGCCACCGGCGGCGACAAGAGCCGCCAUGUUAGUAAGAAUCAACACUCUAUUACAGGGCUAUUCCGGCAUUAGAUUCGAGGUUUUGGAAGCCAUAGCCAAGUUUCUAAACCACAACAUUACUCCAUGUUUACCACUAAGAGGAACCAUAACAGCCUCAGGCGAUCUUGUUCCUCUGUCUUACAUAGCUGCCCUCUUAAUCGGACGACCAAAUUCCAAAGCUGUCGGACCUUCCGGCGAGCUCAUUAACCCAUCCAAAGCCUUCGAGCUAGCCGGAAUCCAUGGUGGGUUCUUCGAAUUACAGCCUAAAGAAGGCCUCGCGCUUGUCAAUGGCACCGCCGUCGGGUCUGGCUUGGCGUCCAUGGUGCUUUUCGAAGCCAACAUUUUGGCUGUUUUGUCUGUCGUCUUGUCGGCUGUCUUCGCUGAAGUUAUGCAAGGAAAGCCCGAAUUCACCGACCAUUUAACACAUAAAUUGAAACAUCAUCCAGGACAAAUCGAAGCGGCGGCGGUAAUGGAACAUAUAUUAUCCGGCAGCUCUUAUGUAAAAUCAGCUCAAAAACAGCACGAAAUCGACCCAUUACAGAAGCCAAAACAAGACAGAUAUGCAUUAAGAACAUCCCCACAAUGGCUCGGGCCACAAAUUGAGGUCAUCCGAGCUGCAACGAAGAUGAUCGAGAGAGAAAUAAACUCAGUAAACGACAACCCAUUAAUCGAUGUGUCAAGAAACAGAGCAUUACAUGGAGGGAAUUUCCAAGGGACACCCAUUGGAGUAUCAAUGGACAACACAAGAUUAGCCAUAGCUUCAAUUGGCAAGCUCAUGUUUGCUCAAUUCUCAGAGCUGGUAAACGAUUUCUACAACAAUGGGUUACCUUCAAAUCUCUCAGCAAGUCGUAAUCCCAGCUUGGAUUAUGGGUUCAAAGGAGCUGAAAUCGCCAUGGCAUCGUAUUGCUCUGAGCUUCAAUUCUUAGCUAACCCUGUCACCAACCAUGUCCAAAGCGCCGAGCAACACAACCAAGAUGUAAACUCAUUGGGAUUGAUAUCAUCCAGAAAAACAGAGGAGGCCGUGGAGAUAUUGAAGCUGAUGUCCACUACUUUCUUGGUAGCCCUUUGCCAAGCUAUUGAUUUGAGACACUUGGAGGAGAAUUUGAAGAACACAGUGAAGAACACAAUCAGUCAAGUAGUGAAGAAAGUUCUUAUCAAUAAGUAUAAUGGCGAGCUUCAUCCGAUUCGAUUCAGUGAAAAACAUCUGCUUCAAGUGGUUGAUCGAGAACAGAUAUUCAGUUAUAUUGAUGAUCCUUGCAGUGGUACAUACCCAUUAAUGGAGAAGCUAAGACAAGUUCUUGUGGAUCAAGCUUUGAGGAAUGGGGAGAAAGAACAAGCUAUGAACACUUCGAUUUUUCAUAAGAUUGGAGAAUUUGAGGAAGAACUAAGAACACUACUGCCAAAAGAGGUAGAACAUACAAGAAUUCAAUUUGAGAACGAAAACUCGACGAUUCCGAAUCAAAUCAAGGAAUGUAGAUCAUACCCAUUGUAUAAGUUUGUGAGAGAAGGAUUGGGGACGAGUUUAUUAACAGGGGAAGAAAUCAAAUCUCCUGGAGAAGAAUUUGAUAAGGUGUUCUUAGCUAUUUCAGGUGGGAAGUUGAUUGAUCCGAUGUUGGAGUGUUUGAAAGGGUGGAAUGGUGUUCCUCUACCGAUCAACUAGCUGGUUUGAUUUAUGAUUCUCUUGUUGUUUUCAUUUGUGUUUUUGUUUGUGUUUGUGUAAUAGGAACCACAAAAUUGGGUUACGUUCGAGAGCAAAGUAGCUCGAUUGAUAGUUGUGUUGAUAUGUAAUGUAAGAAGGAAAUAAUGACGAGUUUAAACGAAUUGAAUUGAACUCUUGGUUUACUCUU